ACCAAAACGGGUCUUUCUUCCCUCAAAUUAAAAAAAAGUUGAAACUCGAUACGGCGCACCCACUUUCCCCCAACCUCUCUCGAAUCCAUCAACCGCCGCGAUAACUCCAUAGACCUCGAUUCCGCCACCGCAUGCAUUAACGAGCAGGGAGAAUUCUCUUCCAUCAACCUCCGAAUCCCGCAAAAUGCUUUCAAGACUAGUUCGACCAAUUAGUUAUCAUCUCCUCCAAAGAAUCACACAAUUUCCCAUUCCGCAGCAAAGAUACACAACCACAAGUUUCCGUGUUUUAUACUCGACUUUAUCUAUUUGCGACGAUUUUCCAAAGAAGCUCAAGAAGUUUGAGAGGAAGCCAUUGGUAACAUGUAUCAACGAGUUAAAACGACGAGGUAGGGAGAAGAGAAAGGAGAGACAAAAGGUGGGUGAGAUUGUUUUACCGUCUCCUGAAAAUGGAUUGCUGGUUCAGAAAUUAGUUCCUAUCGCUAAGGAGAUUUUUGCUGCUAGAUCUGAAUUAUUGUCCAGUCUUUCGAGACUUGUGAAGUAUAUUGCUAUUUAUUCAUGCAGCAUAUGUGGAGAAGUUCAUGUUGGUGAUCCACCACAUCAAAUUAGAACAUGUAAUGUUAGAGGAAGCUUGUCAAGCAAAGAACACAGUUGGGUCAAAGGUGGUAUUGAACAUAUUCUGCCUCUUGUCGAGUCAUUUCAUCUAUAUGACAGAAUUGGGAGGGCUGUUUCACAUAAUGAAAUGCUUCAAGUGGACCGAAUUCCCGCAAUUGUUGAAUUGUGUAUCCAGGCAGGUGUUGACAUACCUGAGUACCUUACUAGGAGAAGGACCUUUCCUGUUUACUGCGUUGCUAGUCGGAUAAUCGAUUUUGAGAAAAGAUUUCCUAAAGAAAUUUCUUUGGACAAAGAUAUAGACGAAUUGGGAUUUCCAUAUAAGAAAAAAAGAUUGGAUGAAGACACAGAUUCCAUGGAAAUGCAUUGUGAUGACAUCCAAGGUUAACAAACACCCGUCAUUUUUC